AUUAUUUAUUUCCCGCGUGUAAUCUGUGACAAUAUGAACACAAACCAGUCCAACAUCUAAUCGCUGAAUAAGCGACAGGGCGAUUGUGAAACCCGACCCAUGCGCGUUAAACGUAGGCUAGAUGACACACAGACGCGUUUAUGACCUGGGCUUAGCCUUCAAAUAACCAUUAUAUAACAGCAGUCACAUCGCACCGGCGACUAGAAGAAACCGCAGUUGUGUGGAAACUUUGCGUUAUCGUCUAUCUUAAACCGCGCGCGUCCGUAACGCUGUCGCUAUGAGUUCGCGAACUAAUAUUUCUUGUUUACAAGAAGCCGCGCGAGUGGCUAUUUUUGGAGGCACGCAUGGAAAUGAGAUGUCUGGCAUAACGCUGGUAAAUAUGUGGAUACAGAAUUCAGCCGAAAUCGAGAGAAACAGACUGGUGGUCAAGCCGUUCAUAAGCAACCCUAGAGCAGUGGAGAAAUGCUCCAGGUACAUCGACACGGAUCUGAACAGAGCCUUCACUCCUGAGACCCUCAGUGCUCCAGAUGUUGAAGGUCUACCAUAUGAAGUCCAGAGGGCCAAGGAAAUCAAUCAGAUGUUCGGACCCAAAGGAAGCUCAGAUGCAUAUGAUGUCAUCUUUGACCUUCACAACACCACCUCAAACAUGGGCUCCACCCUCAUCCUGGAAAGCUCAACAGACCUCUUCAACCUUCAGAUGGUGCAUUAUAUUAAAAAAGCUUUGGCUCCCCACACCUGUGCAGUACUGUUAAACGAACACCCACAGCUGAAGUAUUCAACCACACGCUCUGUGGCCAAACACCCUAUUGGUCUUGAGGUGGGCCCUCAGCCACAGGGUGUUUUGAGGAGCAAUGUAUUCGAAUCCAUGCGGACGAUACUGAAGCAUGCGCUGGACUUCAUCCAGCUCUUCAAUAGCGGUGUAGAGUUUCCUCCAUGUACAGUGGAUGUUUUCAGAGUCCAGGAGAGAAUGGACUACCCCAGAGACACCAACGGCAACAUCACAGCUAUGGUGCAUCCUCAUCUACAGGACUGUGACUGGGAGCCUUUGAACCACGGUGACCCUAUGUUCCUAACGUUCGAUGGGAGAACAGUCCUUUAUGAAGGUGCCAACACAGUGUACCCCACGUUUAUUAAUGAGGCUGCAUAUUAUGAAAAACAGCAGGCCUUCAUGACCACUUGUAGAGAAAUACUAGCUGCUAACGCUAUCAGAAAAGCAUGCAAGUAAUGCUUUCUCUUAACAGUCAUUACGUAUAUAUAGAAUUAAAAAAAACUAAUAUAUAUAUAUAUAUAUAUAUAUAUAUAUAUAUAUAUAUAUACACACACACAUACAUACAUACAUACAUACAUACAGGUGCUUGUCAUAAAAUUAGAAUAUCAUCAAAAAGUUGAUUUAUUUCACUAAUUCCAUUCAAAAACUUGUAUAUUAUAUUCAUUCCUUACACACAGACUCGUAUAUUUCAAAUGUUUAUUUCUUUUAAUUUUGAUGAUUAUAAAUGAAACUUAAGGAGAAAAAUCAAAACAAAAAUCUCACUGGAUUAUUACAAUUAAUAUAUAUAUAUUAGGGCUUUCAAAAAUAGCGCGUUAACGACGUUAAUUAGUUGUUUGUCGUUAAUUAUGUCAAAUUUUUUAACACAUUUCACGCAUGCGCAGAAUUAUUCAGGUCAGGAAAGUCUCGUCGAUCUCGGAAUCCUCAAGAUAGUAAAAAACAGUGGCGAGCGCCGCGACGAAAACACCGAAGAAGCUUAAGGUUUUACCCAAGUUUCUCUCAAAUACAUUCAUGCCAAGCUAAAUAAACAGAGACGACUUUUGUAGUUGAUACGCUGGAGCUUCUUCCUGUUAUAGCGUCCUGUGUUUCACACUGCGCAUGCACAGAACGCCUACAUGCAAUGCAGCGAAAAUUACAGCUGUUUGGAAAAGCAUAUGCAUUUUUACAUGGUUUUACUGGCACUUGAAGCCUUCAAAACGUGAAAAUAUCGAUCCUAAAGUAUUGUGGCAGAGCAAAUGAACAACUCUCAAAAACAAGAGUGUGCAGAGGGCGCAUGUUUGUUUUCAUAGAUAUGUGGCUAUAUUUAACCACUGGUUCACCUAAAACUCUUACACUAUCUGUAGUUAAAUGGCAUGGUUUGAUAUAGUGCUCAGGUAAAUUUGAUCUAAGUAAAUGUUAAACUUUUGAAAUUCAGAAAAAAAGAACCACAUAUUGAUGAAAAUUAUGUAUCUGUGUCCUGUUAUUUAUCUUUUGGUAUGCAUUUCAGAAAAAAAAUGGUUAGGAUUCAGGUGUAAUUGCAAAUAGUGAUUAAUCAUGAUUAAUCCACUGAAAAUUCUGAUUAAUUUGAUUACAAAUUUUAAUCAUUUGACAGCCCUAAUAUAUACAUAUAUAUACAACCUAAUAUAUAUACAUACACACACACACACACACACACAUUGGUGUGAAAAAGUGUUGGCCCCCUUCCCGUUUUCUUAUUUUUUUUGCAUGUUUGUCACACUUACAUUAUUCAGAUCAUCAAACAAAUUUAAAUAUUAGUCAAAGAUAACACAAGUAAACACAACAUGCAAUUUUUAAAUGAAGGUUUUUAUUAUUAAGGGAAAACAAAAUCCAAAACUACAUGGCCCUGUGUGAAGAAGUGUUUGCCCAGCAGUUAAACCUGUGGUUCAUAACACCUGAGUUAAAUUUCUCUAGCCACAUCCAGGCCUGAUUACUGCCACACCUGUUCGCAAUCAAGAAAUCUCUUAGAUAGCACCUGCCUGACAAAGUGAAGUAGACCGCAGGAGCACAGCGACAACUCAUCCAAAUACUUUGUGGACUGACGAGACAAAAGUUGACCUUUUUGGAAGGUGUGUGUCCCAUUACGUCUGACGUAAAUGUAACACUGCAUUUCAGAAAAAGAACAUCGUACCAACAGUAAAAUAUGCUGGUGCUAGUCUGAUGGUCUGAGGGUGUUUUGCUGCUUCAGGACUUGGAAGACUUGCUGUGAUAAGUAGAAUCAUGAAUUUUGCUGUUUACCAAAAAAUCCUGAAGGAGAAUGUCCAGCCAUCUGUUCCUGACCUCAAGCUGAAGCGAACUCUGGUUCUGCAGCAGGAAAAUGAUCCAAAACACACCAGCAAGUCCACCUCUGAAUGUCUGAAGAAAAACCAAAUGAAGACUUUGGAGUUAAAGUCCUGACCUGAAUCCUAUUGAGAUGUUGUUGCAUGACAUUAAAAAGGCAGUUCAUGCUCGAAAACCCUCCAAUGUGGCUGAAUUGCAACAAUUCUGCAUAGAUGAGUGGACCAAAAUUCCUCCACAGCUCGGUAACAGACUCAUUAUAAAUUAUCGCAAAUGCUUGAUUGCAGUUGUUGCUGCUAAGGCCGGGUCCGAUUUUGAGCCGAAUUCUGACUCUUUUUCGGGUCGGGCCGAAUUUCAGCAUUUUCGUGCGUCGUUUGUUGUGCAGUGUUCGUGCAGUGUACAAGGGGAAACGAGAGGCGAUAAGCCUCUCCCGACCGGCAAUCGGUUGGUCGGAUGGAUUUCCAUGGAUUGACCAUAUUGGCCACGUCUUCCCAGCCACCUGCGUGUCUAGAUACAGCGACGCCUUUUUUUUUUUUUUUUUGGACGUUUCAGCACACAUAAUUGCGCUUUGCGCAUAUCACCAAAGCAGUGCGUUUAUCCCGGGAAAGCAUGUUUAUUCUGAAACAGCCACAAACAUCCGGGUUCUGAGGGAUCCUACGUGUUGAUUCGGUUGAUUCCUCACGUAUAGUGUGAGCAGUCAAAUCGUAACUCGGCAAUCGGACCGUACAGUGAGCGCACAAAAAUCGUGAGCUUUGGCUUUACAUCGCAUGCGAUCUACCCGUACAGUGUGAGUUGGUACCUUGCCGAAAUCGCACAGAAAUCGCACAGUGUAUGCCCGCCUUAAGGGUGCCCCAAGCAGUUAUUAGAUUUAGGGCGCAAGCACUUUUUCUACGGAAGUUCUAAGCGGCCAUGCAUUAUAAUUUUUUUUCCUUUUUGUUUUCUCGUUAUAACGACUUAUUUUUCUCGUUAUCUCGACAUAACGAAGUUCGUUUUCUCGUUAUAACGACAUAACGAAAGUUUGUUUUCUCGUUAUAGACAUGACAGUUUUACUGUUGCUAUAGUAACGAACUCAACUUUGACAGGCAUCUGAUGGACAACCAUGCAGGUGCUCUUACUGGAGCCUAUAUUUCAGCUAAUUUAGCUUUGCCUAGGUAAUAACGUCUACAAUACUGUACAUAAAUAAAGGCUCAUCAAUCACCGUUGAUUUUUCCAGAGACAGUACAAGGAACAUUUUUUUUUUUGUAAUUAACAUGUUUAAAUGGCAACACCGCGAAAUUAGAGCUGCUUGGAUUAAACUCACUUUUCAUUUUCCCUUUAUUUGAAAUAAAAUUAUAUAUAAUUUGUAAUUUGUAGUAGUCAUUAUAUGAUGUGGCAGAUAUCAUGUGUGUUACAAGCUUUGGUUUGAAAAGCGCGUCCAUGUGUACGUGUAGUGUGUGUGUGUGUGUGUGUGUGUGUGUGUGUUUGUGUGUGUGUGUGUGUGUGUGUGUGUGUGUAGAAAAAAACGAUUACAACAUUAUAGAACAAAACUGAAUUAAAUUAGCCUAUGGAUUUUACAUAUACAUCACAUUUCUCAUCAAUAUGGUUAACAAUAAAGAUUAGUAAUAAGGAAAAGAAGCACAUCAGCCUACAUCGUUAAAUCCCGUCCUAGAUAAACAGAAUACAGUGAUGUCAACCUUUGUUUUGAUAAGCAGUUAUUUUAUGACACAGAACGCGUUGGUGAAACUCAUGCAUUUAGCAGGAACUUAAUACACAAAAUAUUCAUAUUGAUUCAAGCAUUUAUCAUUUAUGAAUUAAUUUAAAUGUCAGUAAUGAAGACUGCACAAAUUAUAGCGAUCACAAGGAAGGUCCGCGUACAGUAAAGUGGAUAGUGUACAACACCCCAUCAGUUAUAUUCAGGUCUAUAGUGCCACCUGCUGGCGCAGUUUUGUAACUUCUUAGAGAAAAUUAAGUCGUUAUAACGAGAAAACGAACUUUAUGUCGAGAAAACGAACUUUGUUAUGUCGAGAAAACGAACUUUGUUAUGUCGAGAAAACAAGAAAAUGAAGUCGUUAUAACGAGAAUACGAACUUCGUUAUGUCGAGAUAACGAGAAAAUUAAGUCGUUAUAACGAGAAAACAAGAAGAAAAAAUAUUAUAAUGCAUGGCCGCUUAGAACUUCCGUAUUUUUCACAUAGGGCCAUGUAAUCUUUUUUAUUCCCUUUUAAUAAUAAAAAACUUUAUUGUUCACUUGUUCAAUAAAAAGUUGUUCACUUGUUAUCUUUUACUAAUAUUUAAAUUAGUUUGAUCUGAAACAUUAAAGUGUGACAAACAUGCUAAAAAAAUAACAAAUCAGGACAAACACUUUUUCACACCACUGUAUAUACAGAAUAUAUAUCAUAUUUCUGAAGGAUCAUGGAACACUGAAGACCAGAGUAAAAAUUAGGAUUUGACAUCACCGGAACAAAUUACUAUAUAUAAUCACUAAGUUAUAAAUAUAUAUAUUUGAUUAAAUAUCUUUACUGUAUUUUUGUCCCAAACCUUUGAAUCAGUUGUGUGUGUGUGUGUACUUUCAAUCUGCCCACUUAAAAUUGUAAAAAAAGCUAAUUUUAGUUUUUUAUUUGAAAUCUAUAUCUAAAAUUAAUAUUGUUUUUUUACAUUUUCUAACAGUUUGAGUCGUACAAAUAAGAAAUCCAUUAUUUAAGAAUUUAUAUUGCUAGAUUUUUUAAAUACUAUAUAGGUCUACCUCUAGUGUAUGUCUGUCUGCACGGUUCAGAUCCUGAUGAAAUGCACAAGCUCAGGAACAGUCUUCACUGCCACACACUGUUGACUCAAAUACUGACCUGAAACAGCCUUAAAACAACCACAAAAUAACCUCUCAGCACUGUGCUUGUAUGUCAUGCAUCAUGGGAGAUGAAUCAUCUGUCGAAAUUCUCUGUAUUUUGUGCUGUUUGUGAUGCGAAAGUGUUGUAGACUAAGUCUUGGAGUUCUUGACUUUAUCCUCAUUUCAGUGGUGCAACCCAAAUAUUGCCUUAAUUGAACAAAUAGAAAGUAAUUUUUGUCAGAAAUGGUUACAAGAGCUCUUACAAUAGGAAGAUGCAGUAAUAUAAAACAUGAUUUGGUAAACUAUAUGGUGGACUUUGCUCAGCAGCGACUGAAAAGCUUUGGCAGAAUUGUGACUUUAGAGAAAUAUGUGCGCAUUUUCCACUCUGAUUUUGUUUGGGGAUGUAAAUGGCUUGUGUAAACUGUUGAAAGGCCCAUUACCGUGUGUUGUUUUUGAAAUAGUGUGAUGUUUUAAAAUGUCAUAUCUAUCUAUGCAAGGAAUAAUAUAUUCUCUUUAUGUGAACUGAUGUUUUUUGUUAAUUUCAAAUUCAAGAAGAAUAUUGGUUCUUUUUAAUGCAUUUACCAAUUAUUCCAUCAAGUUGAUUACAUACUGUGUUGUAUGAUGUCGUUAAGGUCCAGGUGGAAUUGAGUAUUGCUUGAAAAAGUUAAAUGUUGUCAAAAUGUGGAUUUUAAUGUACAUUAAUGUAAUAGGCAUUGUCACAAUGUAUUUGUAUUACAUGAAGUCUCAUCAGUCUUAAUUAAAUGUAUUAAUAUGGAGUAAAUAAUUUAAUAAUGUAAAUGUAUUAUAUAAACCAUUUACGUAAAGCCACAAGAUUUCUAUUUUGUCUCAUAAAGAUCUUUUCAAAACAAACAAUAAAAAAGUUGUUCAUUAAAUCUA